AUGACCCAAACCAUUCCAACCCUGCCGCCGGCUGCAGGCCCUUGUCCGCCCUCGGAAAACGGCUGUGGCAUUUAUGCCAGGCUAGAUGGUGAUCCGGAAGCCGGCAACCGCGAGGAAUGGCCGAAAGGCCACACGACGUGGUGCGUCGUGAAGAGCUACAUUUGCUUCUUGUGCAUGAUGGUCCUUUGCUUUUGGAUGGGGAGAAAGGUCGCCCCUUUGUCCAGAGGUGAAAUGGAUAGCUUCCCUCUUUGGGCCGGCGAAGCCUCCCUCGAAGACAGGAAGUGCGUUUUCAACAUCUUCCUUGCUCGGCACUGCAACAAGAAUCCACCUUGGGCAAAGGACCCGACGCGGAUGCAGCUUUGCACAGAGACCGGCUUCCUGCGUGGAGAGCACAUGGCUGCCGUCUUUGGCCCGGGUGGCAAGUUUCCAGUUCCGGACAGGCUCUUUGCUCGGCAUCUUGCUCCCGGAUUUUACAGCAGCAGAGAUUUGUACCUCCUUUGGCCACUGGCGCAGCGGCUGAAGCUGGUGGUGAACACAACUUUCAAGCAGGAGGACCCGCUGCAGCUCGUCCGCGCUCUUCAUGAAGGGCGGGAGGCCAGCUGUGGGUCGGGGGUAUCCGAACAAACGGUUCUGGUUUCCUGGGACCACUGCACCAUCCCUGCGCUCGCGCAGGCGCUUGGCUGCAAUGACCAGAUCUGCCGUUCCUGUUGGGACGAUGCUGAAUACGAUCGGGUCAUAUGGCUGAGGUAUGCCGGUUUGAGGCAGCCCAGCCACAAGAACAUGUCCUGGAACAUGACUGCGAGAGCAGUUGCCGAAAAUUAUUCCUCUCCGCGGGGUGCCAUGGGCUACAAAGAGUGCCUGGGCAACCCGGUCGAGAACCAGCGCUUUGGCUACACCUGUCAAGCACCGCCGUCCUGGGACUCGUUGCCAACGUUCGUGACGGGCCCUGAGGAGCGCUCCUCUCCGAGGUCGUAG